GGGGCAGUGCGCCCCGCCAGGUACCUGUGAUGGAGGCGACCCCACGUCUCGAGGGGAAAAUGGAAGGGAACUAGAUCCCUCGCUCCCUUUCUCUCGCGAAGAAUUUCUGUCUGGGUUGGAUUAUCUUGUGGCGCCGUUGUGACCUGAUCUUGACGUGGUGUUUGUUGUGCUUUUAGGCUUCGAAGACCGGACUGCUUCCCUCCCUCAUUCCACUUACACGGGCCGCAAUGGGUGACGGACCCCUCUAUCUGGGGCUCGAUCUCUCGACCCAGCAGCUCAAAGCCAUUGUCGUCCAAUCCGACCUCCAGGUGGUUUCGGACGCCAAGGUUGACUUCGACCAGGACUUCGGCGCCAAGUACGGCAUCAAGAAGGGCGUGCUCAUCAACGAGGAGGAAGGGGAGGUUUUUGCACCAGUGGCCUUGUGGCUCGAGUCUCUCGACUUGGUGCUGCAGCGGUUGCAGGAGAAGAACACACCCCUGGGCCGCAUCCGGGGCAUCAGCGGCUCCUGCCAGCAGCAUGGGAGCGUCUACUGGAGCCGGCAGGCUGAGACCCUGCUCGGCGGCUUGAAGUCGGACAGGUCGCUGGUCGAGCAGCUGACCGAGGCCUUUUCGCAUCCGUAUGCCCCGAACUGGCAGGAUCACAGCACGCAGGCCGAGUGCGAUCAGUUCGAUGCGAAGCUCGGGUCAGCCGAGCGGCUGGCAGAAGUCACAGGGAGUGCGGCACACCAUCGCUUCACCGGUACCCAAAUAAUGCGCCUCCGGCGCAAGCUCCCCGACAUGUACGCCGCCACCUCCCGGAUCUCCCUCGUAUCCUCCUUUCUCGCCUCGCUCUUCCUCGGCGCCGUCGCCCCGAUGGACAUCAGCGAUGUCUGCGGCAUGAAUCUCUGGGACAUCGCCAGCAACAGCUGGUCCGAGCCGCUUCUCGAACUGACCGCGGGCAAGGAGGGCGUCGCCGAGCUGCGCAGCAAGUUGGGCGAAGUGCGACAAGACGGCGGCGGCAGCAUGGGCCGCAUCAGCAGCUACUUCACGGCCAAGUACGGCUUCAGCCCCGACUGCGAGGUGGCGCCCUUCACGGGCGACAACCCGGCGACGAUCCUCGCCCUACCCCUCCGCCCACUCGACGCAAUCGUGAGCCUGGGCACCAGCACCACCUUCCUCAUGAUCACGCCCGUCUACAAGCCCGAUCCGAGCUACCACUUCUUCAACCACCCGACCACGCCUGGCCAGUACAUGUUCAUGCUGUGCUACAAGAACGGCGGCCUGGCGCGCGAGAAGGUGCGCGACGCCCUGCCCAAGCCCGCCGACGGCGGUUCCUCCGCCGACCCCUGGACCACCUUCAACAAGCACGCCCUGGCCACCCCGCCGCUCGACGUGCGCCCGGGCUCGUCCGACCGCGCCAAGCUGGGCUUGUACUUCUACCUCCCGGAGAUCGUGCCCAACAUCCGCGCGGGCACCUGGCGGUACACCUGCAACGCCGCCGACGGCAGCGACCUGCAGGAGGCGGCGCAGGGCUGGCCGGCCGAGACGGACGCGCGCGCCAUCGUCGAGUCGCAGGCGCUGUCGAUGCGCCUGCGCAGCCAGAAGCUGGUCGCCAGCCCCGACAGCGGCGGCGGCCGCCGCCUGCCGGCCCAGCCGCGGCGCAUCUACCUCGUCGGCGGCGGGUCGCUGAACCCGGCGAUCGCGCGCGUCCUCGGCGACGUGCUGGGCGGCGCCGACGGCGUGUACAAGCUGGACGUCGGCGGCAACGCCUGCGCGCUCGGCGGCGCCUACAAGGCCGUCUGGGCGUUCGAGCGCGCCGACGGCGAGACGUUCGACGAGCUGAUUGGGAAGCGCUGGCGCGAGGAGGGCGCGAUCCGGAAGGUCGACGACGGGUACCGGGAGGGCGUCUUCGAGAGGUAUGGGAACGUGCUUGGCGCGUUUGAGGAGAUGGAGGAGAGGAUUCUGAAGGUGGCGAGGAAUACGUGAAUGACUGAUGAGCAGUCGAAUUAUAUCAUGAGAGGAUACAGCGAAAAAGUGAUGGUAAUCAACAGGGAGAUAUGCCCGUUUCCGUGCUGGUCUGUUUCUGAGUUCGGACUCGGGCAGAAACAACCCAACGAUACCAGAUUCAACAAUUCUCUUGUUGUGGGCGGCCGCCGGCGGCAUAUAGUCCACCUCACCUGCGUGUCUCCUCCAUGGAGGCCGGUUUCCGUUUUG